UUGAUGAGCAAAGGGUUAAAAGAGGCGCAGCUAGACGCCGGUGGAGCUGAAGUCAUCCGGCAGAGCGCACAGCGAGGAGGAGGAGAGAUACGGAGAACACCUCCAAAAACACCGAUCUAGGUCGAUUCAAGCCGCGGAUCUGCGCUCUGCUGUUUUCUUAGAAUAAUUAUUGUGUUCUUUUUCUCCACAAAACACACAGAUAUUGAGAGGCAAAGAGAAGAGGUGGAAUAAGAAACAAAUAAAAAAAAAAACACACAAAAAAAAAACAAACGCGCAGCUCAGCGCCCCAACUAUGGCUCCAACGACGCUCGUCGGAAAGCUCGCCCAGUCCGCCUCACAGGAGCGGGCUGUAGUGCAGGAUGAGAGGUCUGCUCUGCUCCACCGAGUGUGAGACCAGGAGGAAUUAUCAUCUGACUGGCCGCCCUCUCCUCGGGGGGGACAGAAACAGAGACCCUCGCAACCCUCAGCCUGGAAACUGGAGGCUGGAAGCGGCUCAGAUCUGCCGUGCGUACAGUGCGCCUCCUUUCCAGAACUCUCCUCUCCUCACUUUCUCCUGAGGACCCAUCAGAAGCCUCCCGUAUCUCAGAGCAACUUGGGAAAACUUUGGCCCCCGGAUUACUGCCACUGACCUGUCAGUGUUCAGUCUCCAUGCAGGGAGCGCAGUGAGCAUCGGGCGCUCUGCUGCGGAGACUGGAAACGCAGCCUCGGUGUCAUAUUGUUAAAAGUCCUGCAAAGUCUGUCAAAGUCCAGGGGCCACCGCAGCGAAGAUGCCGGUCCGGAGGGGCCAUGUGGCUCCGCAGAACACUUUCCUGGACACCAUCAUCAGGAAAUUCGACAGUCAAAGUCGCAAGUUUGUCAUUGCCAACGCAAGAGUGGAGAACUGCGCCAUUAUCUUCUGCAACGAUGGCUUCUGCCUCAUGUGCGGUUACUCGCGUGCUGAGAUCAUGCAGAAGCCGUGCACGUGCAACUUCCUGUAUGGACCUGACACCAAGCGGCUGGCCAUCGCUCAGAUGGCGCAGGCCCUGCUGGGGUCAGAGGAGAGGAAAGUGGAGAUCAACCUUUACCGCAAAGACGGUCAGUGCUUCCUGUGUAUGGUGGACGUGGUCCCAGUGAAGAACGAGGAUGGCGUGGUGAUCAUGUUCAUCCUCAACUUCGAGGUCAUGUCAGAGGACACAAUCAAAGACCGCAACCGGGAGCUCAACCACCGCCUGCCCACUUGGCUCGUCACCGGUCGUCCACGAGGCUUUAAGCUGCGUCUUCCCCUGCUGCGCUCCCUGUCCAACAGUAAAGUGUCUCUGGACGACGCGGAGGCCGGUCACAUCCCCACUGCCACACCACUGCCGCUGCACCCAGACCACCACAGUCACGAGUCCCUAGGCCUGGGAGAGUUCCUGCCCCUCCCAUCCAUACCACCAGACCACCAGGAGCAAAUCAGUAGAAACAGGUCAGCACUACAAGGCUGGCCAGAAGACCGCCAGGAAGACCAGCGCACUUUACUGGGCUCUGAGCCUCCUGUACACCCUCCUCCUUCUCCUCCUCCCCACGGAGCCCACCUGGUGGGUCCCCACACCCAGUCAUCGCCCUGCAUAGUGCCCCACCACCGCCUCAGCCUCAACCCAGACGGCUCGGCCUCCAAUUGCACGUUGUCGCAUAGCCGCUCGCGGGAGAGCUUCCACAGCAUGCGUCGCGCCUCCUCCGUGGACGAGAUCGAGGCCAUGAGGCCCGACUGGGACCGAAAGAACCGGAGAGCAAGCGUCCGGCCAGGCAGCAGCAGCACCGGUGCAGUAAACAGUAAGUCCAACAUACUGAACUCCACAUCAGACUCAGACCUCAUGCGGUACCGCACCAUCUCCAAAAUCCCUCAGAUCACUCUCAACUUUGUGGAUUUCAAACCGGACCCACUCAUCGCCCUGCCCUCCGGGGAGAUGGACAUCAUAGCUCCAUGCAAACUCAUCGACCGGACGCACAACGUCACAGAGAAAGUCACACAGGUGCUGUCUCUGGGUGCAGAUGUGUUGCCAGAGUACAAGCUCCAGGCUCCUCGCAUCCACAAGUGGACAGUGUUGCACUACAGCCCCUUCAAGGCAGUGUGGGACUGGCUCAUCCUGCUGCUGGUCAUCUACACCGCCAUCCUGACACCCUACUCAGCCGCCUUCCUCCUAAAUGACCAGGUGGGCUGGACUAAGGAAGAGGCAGGCAUGCAGAGUUGUGGUUACUGCUCUCCUCUCAACGUGGUGGACCUCAUCGUGGAUAUUAUGUUCAUUAUCGACAUCCUCAUCAACUUCAGGACAACAUAUGUGAACACUAACGAUGAGGUGGUGAGCCACCCAAUGCGUAUCGCCGUCCACUACUUCAAAGGCUGGUUCCUCAUUGACAUGGUGGCUGCCAUUCCCUUUGACCUGCUCAUCUACCGCAGCGGAGAGGAGACCACCACUCUGAUUGGUUUGCUGAAAACGGCUCGUCUCCUGCGAUUGGUCCGUGUAGCCAGAAAACUGGACCGCUACUCAGAGUACGGUGCAGCUGUGCUCUUCCUCCUCAUGUGCACCUUCGCCCUCAUCGCUCACUGGCUGGCCUGCAUCUGGUAUGCCAUCGGCAGCGUAGAGAGAAACGGUUCAAUCGGCUGGCUCCACACACUGGGGGACCAGUUGGGUAAACAUUACAAUGACUCCAUCCCAGGCUCAGGACCCUCCAUCAAAGACAAGUACGUCACGGCUCUGUACUUCACCUUCAGCAGUCUGACCAGUGUGGGAUUUGGAAACGUGUCUCCAAACACCAACUCUGAGAAGAUCUUCUCCAUCUGUGUCAUGCUCAUUGGAUCCCUGAUGUACGCCAGCAUCUUCGGGAACGUGUCGGCCAUCAUCCAGCGGCUGUACUCAGGGACGGCCCGCUACCACACUCAGAUGCUGCGAGUCAGGGAGUUCAUCCGCUUCCACCAGAUCCCCAACCCGCUCAGGCAGAGGCUGGAGGAGUAUUUCCAACACGCCUGGUCCUACACCAACGGCAUCGACAUGAACGCUGAUGAUUGGAAGACUUUGUCUCAGCAUGCAUGGUCCAACACCCUCAGAGAAAAUAAGAAUGAUGUGCUGAAAGGUUUCCCAGAGUGUCUCCAGGCGGAUAUCUGCCUCCAUCUGAACAGGACAUUGCUGCAGAACUGUAAGGCUUUUAAAGGCUCUACCAAGGGCUGCCUCAGGGCGUUGGCCAUGAAGUUCAAGACCACCCACGCACCCCCGGGUGACACGCUGGUCCACGCCGGGGAUGUUCUCACAGCCCUCUACUUCAUAUCCAGAGGAUCCAUAGAGAUACUGAGAGGAGACGUGGUGGUAGCCAUCCUGGGAAAGAAUGACAUCUUCGGUGAGCCUAUCAACCUUUAUUCCCGACCGGGUAAAUCCAAUGCUGAUGUGAGGGCUCUGACGUACUGUGACCUCCACAAAAUCUUCAGAGAAGAUGUUCUGGAGGUGCUGGACAUGUAUCCUGAGUUUGCAGACCACUUUUGGAACAACCUGGAAAUCACCUUCAACCUCCGAGAUACCAACAUGAUCCCAGGCUCUCCCAGCAGUGACGACUCCAAAUGUGGGGGAUUCAACAAAUUACGCAGACGCAAGUUAUCAUUCCGACGACGCACAGAAAAAGAUGAUGCAGACGCUGGUGAAAUUAAAAAGUCCCACAAGUCUGUGCGGCGAAGACAGAGGGAAGCAGCCAACAACCAAAAACAGGAGGAGGCAUCUAAGAGGCAGUGGGAGGCACAUCGAAGCUCAGUGUCUUCCCACUCCAGUGGUGAUGAGGGGGAGGAGUCAGUCGUGACUGGCCUCGCCCCUCCACCUGCAAUGCUGGAGAAUCCUCAGGCUCAGGCCACACCCAUGAACUUCAACGAUAACACUGAGGGUGAGGGAGACCCCAAGACUGGCAACACCUGCAACGCCCUGUCAGGUGCAUUCUCAGGUGUGUCUAACAUCUUUAGUUUCUGGGGGGAGAGUCGAGGGGGUGGUCAAUACCAGGAGGUUCCCAGCUGCAGCCUGGCCUCCCCACCACCCCUCAACACACCGCUGCACAGCCUGAGCCGCCAGCAACGCAACCAGCUGGACACACGUCUGGACCUGCUGCAGAAACAGCUCAACAGGUUGGAGAGUCGCAUGUCAACAGACAUCGGAGCGAUCAUGCAGCUGCUGCAGAGACAGAUGGCCCUGGUUCCCCCUGCUUACAGCGCAGUCUCAUCACCACCUCAGGCCUCACCUUAUCCUGGUCCAGGUCCAGGACCAGGACCAGGUCCAGGAGAGAGACUGGUGCAGCCUGCUACACCUCUGGAGACAGAUAUUCUGGCCUCCUUGUCAGAGAUCUUGGAUUCCCAGGACUUUGAGGAGUUCCCAGCCAAGUCUAUUGACUCUCUGCAGCCCCAGGAAUCACCACUGAUCAACACCACCCAGAGCCAGCUCGCCCCCUCUGGCCUGGACAGCCUGGGGCAGCAUCUGGAGCUGGAGCUUGGACUGGGAACAGGGGCUGCAGUCAUUUCAGGUCCAGCGGUAGGUUCAGGUUUAGGGUUAGAUUUAGGUAGUGGGGCAGCAGUGGGGUCACAGCCUGCGAUGGGGUCCAGCUUAGGAGCAGAGUUAGACUUUGGUUCAGGGGUGUGUAUGGGGGCUGGGGUUGAGCCAGCGGCUGCAGCUGGGGUAUCUUCCCUGGAUCCCGAAACCCAAAGGAGGCUGUCCCUCCAAGAACCACAGACACCUCUGGACUCACGGACACCACAGAGACACAGCUCUGACCCAGGGGGGAGCUAAGGAAGAGGUGAAGGGGGAGGAGAGUGGGAUGGAGGGAUACAGAGAGUGAAAGAGAGAGACGGUUUAUCCUCAAGUCCCUCCCAUUUCCACCGGUCCUCAUGGCACUUUGGAGGCACCUAUACUGUACCUACCACCUAGCUAUGUCUCACCAUCCAAAUUCAACCUCUGACCUCUCAAGUAAGGACACACUGCUCAGAAAGAGUGAAGCCAGGCGGGAGGGUCAAGGAAAGGAUUUAGACCUCUCUCCAUCUCUCUCCUCCACGAGUCCCCCCCUCUCCUCACACCUGGAGCUUUCUGAACUCCACAAUGGUACAACCUUUAACCAAAACCACAAACAGAGCGGAGACAAGCUCUGCCUCUUAAUGAUUACAGUCCGGGUCAACCCAGACCGAUCUGGUCUGGACCUCUCAGUCAUCCGCCGAGGGUGACGCCUCCACACACAAAUAAAUGACUGCUAUCCUGUAGAAGAAUCCCUUUACUGCUGUAUCCAGUGUUGGAUGACUAACGAGAACAAGCAAAGACAACAACGGACAGAAUAAUGACCAAACAAGUAGCCAUUUACGUCUUGCACUGAAACUCCUAUUGAUAUAAUGAUUAUUCUAUUCUAUAUGUCCGUGGCGCUUCCGAUAAACUCACAAACUGGUUGGUAAAUCGUAGUGUUAGCUGGCCUAACAGAAAACCUACUGUCCCAUUCUGUCAUUGGUUCCUUCCCCCUGAUGUCCUGCCCCAAGAGGCGGAGCUAAUGCUCCCCUCUUCCCAUGAGCACACUGGAUUGACUGGUUUGCACCUCAGGGGUGGGAACUGGAGGGUUAAAAGCCAUGAAUUUUCUUGACGAACAUAUCAGCUGCCCUACCAUAAACAUUGUAGAGAUUUGCUAGUGAGUGAAGAACAUAUGGCAUGCUUAGGCAGUGUCACAAACAGGUAAACUGGCAAACUUACAAGUUUACCAAGAGAAAAUUGCACCAAGAAAAAAAAAACCAACUAACUAAAUAUGUAAACAAGUAGGAAAUCCCAACUUACUAAUUUCAUGAGCUAUGAGUUAAAGUAGAGGAAAAGUCAUGUUUGAUCAUCAAACACUAUGAAGAGAUGAAGUCAGCAGUGAGUUCUAGUUUAUCACGGUUGAAUUUGCUACCUCAGAUUUCAUUGGUCCUUACUUUUUUUCACCUGAGCAAGCACCCAGAAUGCUUUUACUUUGUACAUACGAGUUUUGUCAUGUGAUACGUAAAUAUACAAGUUUGCCAGUUUACGACGACCAGCCGAAUGCGCCAUUAUUCUAUGUACAGUACAAUAUGCAAACACUGGCACGAAGAGACGAGUGAGUGCGCUUUAAUCUUACUAUGUGUGUGUGCUAAGUUCAGGUCCAAAGCUUUUUAUGUGUGCGCGUUUGUCCUCGUUUUUUGUUUUUCAGUCUGCAGAGCAUGGCGCAGUACGUUUGCUUCACACACUGUAGAGGGUCACUGGAUUCUAAUUUUAAGGGGCAAAUUAGUUUUCUUUGCCCCCAAAACUGAUUUUAGUGGCUAAACAGACAAAAGACAGAUUCUGUGUUUGCUUUAUGAGUCUAGAUGGCACAAAUAAAACCCUUUACAAUGUAAGUUUAAAUAUACUUAUGAGGUCAUCUAAGUCCAUCCAAGACUUCUCACUUCUACAGCAGUAGUGAACCCAAGAAGAAGAAAUGAUUCAGUAGCACUGUAGCUGUUUAAUUUCAUUUAGUUUUUCUAAUUGCUUCCCACAGAAAUACAUCCCAUCCUCGUCAUGCGCUGUUAGCAGGCCUCCGACACGCUAAGGUUCUGUGUGGGGGUAUGAUGAUGCUCACACACAGAUGGUGACCACAUUACCACUUUAUUAUUAAUAUAAACUAAGAAAUGCAGCAUAUGCACAGAUGUAUGCACCAACCGGUUUGUCAUUGAAGCUGACAGACCGCAGUUAAUUAAUUAAUUAAUUUCACAUCCAACCAGCUGUCACACUGCGCUGUCCAGGAUCAUGGCAGUUUAUAGCUUUGGGGGUCACAAUUCUAAAUAUGGUGAGACUUUACACUAGUUAUCACUCCUCAGGUUUCACUCGGCUCAGUGCAGAAAUAAUAUUUGUACUGUAAUGCUGCGUGAUACAGAUUGGCCUCAGACACAGUACCUGAUGAAUAACUUAUUAGAGGGAGCGAUGGCGAUGUGUUGAAGUGAUGAGGAAAUCUUUGGUCCAGUUCUCCACCUUUCAUCUACCUGCAUUAUAACGCACUGAUGGGAGGCAUCACAGCACUGCAGCAACUCACCACACACCAGAUUCAUUUAUCCUGAUAAGAAAACAGCAAAUUAUUACUGAAGGAUAUGAUUUCUUUUGUUUAUAAGUGAUCUUAAGUUUGCAUGAUUGUGAUGAGGGUUGGUUCAUUUUUAAUGAAAUAUCAUGAAAGCUUUUCCUUUUAUAGUAGCAAUUACUGUGUGUCAAAAACAUACAAAGAAACCCAGUAAGAGGUUUAACAGCUGGCAAGGUACAAAAGGAGGCAAUACAAUACAAUAUUAUGACAAAUUCAUAUUGAUAGAUCUUUAAAAAGUUGGCUAUGUUUACACAGGUGGUAGAUUUUUUUUCAGCAAUAGCUGGUAGUUGUAAAUUGAAAUGAAUCCUACCUUUUAGGUGACUGAAACACAACUGAACUGGCCUCCAACUCUAAAAUGUAUCCCUACACAUACACUUCACCUUUUCACCUACAUUAAAUACAAGAUACUGUAUUUAGAAUCUAUGAUUAUGUGAUGCUGCAGUGUCAUAACGUUCAAAUGACAGUAAUCUGGUGCAAGAUUGUGGAUUUUAGAAGGUGGUGAAGGAAAUGACAAAGGUGUAGUGGUGCCACUUUUAGACUCUUAGCUAUACCCCGUUGUAGGAAGGGAUGUAGAAAAUAAUAACAAGAGCAGGUGCAAUGAUACCCUCAUGAAAUGGAACUUCACUGAAAUAACUCUUUAUCACUUUAUAGUUUAAAAUCAUCAAGAUGAAGGGGACAAAAAACUAUAUCUGACAUCUCCAAAUCGUCUUCCCUGAUUCAAAGUUUCCCUUCCUGUUCCACACCAUGAAGAAGUGAGUCAUAGCAGAGGAGGGCAGGCCUGCUGAAGUGCAAUAGUCCUUGAAAGACAUGAGACUUGUAGCAGCUUAAUCACAUCUGUUAGUGUUUUAGCACUUUAUUUUUGAAACAGUGCAGAUGUUUAAUAAAGACUCAGGAAUGUGUCAUCGGUGUCAUAGGGUUCAUUUCGCUUCGUCUGAUAAAUCCAAACCAACAAAGAAAAGAGGAAAACAAGUCACAUCCUAAAACUUUCAUUCUGGUGGAUUUUCCCUUUAAUGCAGAAUUAUGAAGACUGUGUUUUGCUGCUUGCUGGUCUAAGCUAUUUUAUUUAUUUAUUUGGUUGUAGGAUUAUUUUUCUUGUCUUUGGAUUGUAUCUAAUAUGAUAUCAUGAACAGGUCAUUUGAUGGAGUAAGUGAAGGUUUUUUUUGUGUUAACAUGUCUCUUCCCAUGUUCUUUUGUUCAUACUGUAUUGAUGAAUCUGACACUCAUACAACCUCUCAAUAUUUAUUCAAUAUUUAUGGGUAUAAGUGCUUGCUGAGCAAUAACCAUUAUUAUUACUAUUAUCAAUAAUUCUAAACUGAUCAAUUCCAAAAUGCAGAGGAGUCACAUUCAAGACACAUUGUGCAUGUUGCCUAUUUAUCACACUUGUUGUCAGUGUCUCUGCCUGUGCAGUGAUUGGACCGUGUGGCUGCGUGUGAGCAGCCGGUGUCACACUUUGUAAAGCUGCACUUUAGUAUCGAACCAAAGCAAGUGAACGCUGUUACAAAUGAUCACUGGUGACAUUUUAAACUCACAUGUAAUUCUCUCUUGAGACAUUUAAAACAGAGUGUCGCCUGAACAUCUGACUUUAAAACGAAGGUGUAAAUGCAGUUGGCUUAUCUGUGAUUUUAAAUUUCAACCAGGGAUAUUUUUUAAGUGACUUGACAAGAAUUUUUUGGGGGGGGUGUGAUCAGGACGGUUGUGAAAACUUGAACCCAGAGAAUUAUUCUAAAAGGUGAGAGUUGCUGUGUAAAAAGUGAUUCUAGCAGAUGAAAGCUGACUGGACAUGUCACUGUGUUCAACAAUCUGUAGUUAAAAUGUGAGUGAAUACAUCACGGAUGUCCAAAGCUAUAAUGAUAAGCUGACACUGACCAGAUCUACUGAGUUCUUCUUACUACUGAACCCUUUCUGCUUGUUGUUGUUGUGUUUUAUUUGGUUUUGCUGACAUAGCCAUCACCCUCAGUUAGUUUUCACCAGCAGUCCCAGCUUCCCCUUCCACUCUGCAAUUUGUCCACAAACGAGGAAGAAUGGAGAACAGGUUACAGCUGUUUUGUGUGUCAGUCAAGUCCCGUUACAAAACACUCCUGACUGCAAAUAUCCAGUGAAUCUGGAGUUUCAUGGACUUCUUUACCAGUGAAUCUGUUUUUUUUCUUUUCUUUUUUUUUUUUUUUUACAGUGUAGUGCUGAGGUACUGAUUUGCAGAAGUGGGCUCUCCUCGCCAUCUCAUGUACUGUAGCGAGUGUUUUGUUAGUAUUCAAUAACAGUCACCUAGUGGCCUGAACUGUAUCUUUACAUUCAGAACUAUGACCUCAAAUCUAGAAUGUGGUUGUUGUCGACUCUUCUUCUUUGACCUUGUACGUGACGGUAGACCUUAGUGGAAUAUUCAAUGCUAGAGAAUACAUUUAUGUAAUGCAUACUGCAUAUUAUAACAGUAGAGGGUGCACUAUGAGAAAAAAAAAAGAAAAAAAAAAGAAUGGAUUUACAUCCAUGAGGGGAUGGGGAAUGGGUGUGUUUGUUGGGGGAGGGUAUUUAAGGAGGUUAGAGUGUUUUAUUCCCCUUUGCAUUUGAAUACACACACACACAAACUUACGCGCUUACAGUCACACCUGCGCACACACACACACCUAUACACACACACACACACACCUCGCUUAAUGGCUCUUCCAUAUUGCUGAGCUUUUUUCAGCUCUGUUCAACUUUCUAUGAGUUCUGACAGACUUGGGUCCUGUAUUUGUAGAUAUUUUGAGCACUUGGGGAGGGGGGGUUUGGUACCGUUUACACAACACUGGAUCUGCUCUGUCACUCCUUGCCUGUACAUACUAACUUCUACUACUUGUAAAGGAAUCAAACUCUUUGGCACUCGUAUAGCCAGCACUAUGCAGAAACUGAAAAAUUUCUUUGGCAUGCUUUGAAAUGCAGAAUACUAUAGAGGAAAAUAUACUAAAUAAAUAAAGUCUGCUCUAAUUUCUUAUGAAAAUAAUCACCUUAUUGAGAAAAAAAAAAAAAACGUGGACAAAGUCGUCCAUACGAUCAUGAGGAGGAGGAGGACGAUUAGGAUGAGGAUGAUGAAGCUACUUUUAAUAUUGUGCACAUUUUUACUUGCAUGCUGCACUGAGAAUCAUCCAGCAAUGAGAGGGUUUGAUGUGCAAAGCAGCUGAUUUUUGCUGUAUGCUUGCAAACUGUGUGUAGAGUGAAACACUGAAUUCUUCCUGGUUACGGGAGAGUCAUAUUUAUAUAUACAUAUAUAUACAUACUACUUCCAGGUCAUGGAAGAGAGGGAUACUGAAUAGCUGCAAAUAUAGUGAUCCUAGAUGAUACAAUAUUAUAUUGUAUAUUUGUAUCUUUGGUUGCAAACCACUUUAAUGGAGUGAUGCAUGUGUGGCAGUCCUGGGCAGAACUGUUAAGUGUUUCGCAAAUCUUUAGGAGCGCUUGAUUUACCUUACCUGUGCUCCUCUCAGGCUUGGGAAGUUAAAUCAAGUGCACCUAAAAUAUUACAAACCCUGCUUUGGCGCAGCUGAGAGGGGCUACACUCUUAAGAACGUCUAUUAUCAACACAUCUGAGUGCAGUUUGGGACCACACCUCUGUCGUGUGUCUUUUCAGUGCCUAAGGUGUUAAAAUCUGUUAACACGUUUUUUGCUGAAAAGUAGCGAUGUCCCGGAAAAACUCUCACAAAUGUUGUGAAAAUAGCAGAUCUUUUUUAAUAGUGUAAACUCUGUGGCGGUCCCUGGAAUUCUGACAGUCAUAGAAUUAUAAUACUGGGUUGGCUAAUGGAGUGCUUAGAAGUUCAUAAUACAUUAUUUAUAUCAAAUGUUGGUGCAGCUCCAGGUUCUGAUUGUGUGAUAGCAUUAUCAAUGGUUGAACUUUAUAAAAUUUCAAAAUAUUUCUUUCAAUAAACCUCUUUGAAAGCAA